GGAAUUCGAUCCAAAGACAUUUAGGUAUCAAUAUCAUCUCUUCUUAUUCAAUUCUCUUGAUUUUCUCCGAAAUUGUCUCUUGUAAUGGUGGAUUUGAUUUUGUAACGAAUAGAAAGAAAAAAAAAAACAUCAGAAAGAUGACAACUUCACAAGUAGAAACUGGUUUCUUCGUUGAAUUAAACAAAGGACAUGUAAUCAUCACUAGACGCGAUUUAGCUUCUGUUCAUCUUCAAUCACAUAAAGGAUGGCGUUUAGCUUGAGACCACAAGAAUCAAGCAUCUCCGACUUCUCGAAUUGACGUAUCUUUUAGCUAUAUCACAACAUGAAUUUUCAGACAGAGGUUCCUGAUGAUGGUUCUAGACAAGCUUCUUCUUCGCCUUACUCUGGAAAAGCAAAGAUUGUUCCUGAAUGUGGUCUUGUUGGUGACAUGUAUGAUCCUUUUGUAGACAGCUUUGAACCAGCAUCUGUGAAAUUAGAUUGUGUUCAGGAGCGUGAACCAGAUAACGAAGUCUUGUGCAUUGUACCAAAGGCGAGCAUUUCCUCGAAUAGACCGCUUAGUAUGGAAGAAAACAACCAAGGUGUUGAUAAGCAAGCUCUAAGUGAGUCAGACGUGACUGCUCGGGUCAGUUUUUCCUCCAACAAACCAGCUGAUGUUGAAGAAAACACCGCUGGAAUUGAGAUUGGAGUAGUUGUUUCUGGAGAGAAUGAUGAGUUUGGUGAGAAUGUGGACAACCGAAGAGAAUGUAACAGCCAUGAGACUUUGACUCCAAACUCUGAUAACGAGAAUCCGAAGGUAGAGAACAAUGUACAUGAAGGCGAUAACACGCAGAAAAAGUCUCGAGAGAAAUCAAAAGAGAGAGAUUCGUCAAGGUCCAUGAAGCUUUUCAAAGUUGUGCUUACAAAAUUCGUCAAGGAUCUUCUAAAACCAUCGUGGAGACAAGGGAAUAUGAGCAAAGAGGCGUUUAAGACUAUUGUGAAGAGAGUGGUGGAUAAAGUGUCAAACUCAAUGGAGGGUCAUCGUAUACCCAAAUCAAGAGCUAAGAUCGAUAGGUACAUUGAUUCUUCACAGCAGAAGCUGACCAAACUGGUCAUGGGUUAUGUAGACAAGUAUGUCAAAGCAUAGAAGAUAAGAGAAUCAAAGGAAAUUUCCCAUAACACAGCUUUUUGCAGUUGGAGAAGGUUAGACCUUUGUCUUGUCUGCAGACGAUGUUUAGUCAGAACUGUUCUUCUUCCGGUUGUGAGUUUUACAAUGAGGAAUUUACCUCUACCUUCAUAACAUGUAAUUGAAGAAUCCAUCAUUUUAAAAAAAGUAGUUGAAUCGCUUGUAGCCACAUCACAUAUGACUGCAUUUCAGAAAACCUUUAUUUGAUAGAUUCAUGUACAAGUACAACCACAUUCGAUUUAAAAUAUUUUGUCUAA